AUGCAUAUGCUACGGCUUCUCAUCUUGGCCGCGGCCGCUGUCUCGGCCCUCCCCACGGGUCCCGCCGCCCGGAGGUCUUCUCUCUCGGCCCGCCAGGAAGAGGACGAGAAGAACAAGGUCAAGAGCACGGGCACGUUCGACACCGACACGCCCGUCGAGGGUGGAGACCUGCUCCAGGCCAUUGCCAUGCCCCCGACGACUGUCGGGUCUAUCGAGGUUGAAUUCGCAGACAAAGUCGCCAACAGCUUCACCGUUACCGAGAACAAGACUCCGGCCGCGGCCCCGUCCGGCUUCGUCUUGGCCGAUCCCUCAUCCUUCAAGGUGCAGUUCACCGGCAGCGUGGACGCCAUCACCAGGGGCCAGAUUGAUUAUAUUGGAACAAACCGUGCCGUCGACAUCACGCAGGCCCAGAUCGGCCGCCUGUGCACCGAGACCAACAGCUUCGUGGUCCUGGACUCGACGCUAGCCGAGCGCGAGUUCGAGGCCGUCGAGGACGAGCUCGCCGUCACGCUGACCAACACGGCGCUCAUGAACGGCGAGUUCGCCCUCCUGACGCCCGACCCGGCCGCCAGCACCGGCGCAGGUGCCGCGGCUGGCGCUGGCGCUGGUGCUGGCGCUGGCACAGCGACGGGCAGCUCGCUUGCUGAUAUCCUCGCGGCACUGCUGGGCGGCGGGAACGCCAAUGCUGUCGUGGUCUGA